AUGGCGAUGUUUAUCGUCACUCAAUCUCGAGCUAAAACUGCGGAAGAUUCUGAAGAUACAGAAAGUAUUGAAACAAACACGAAGAAAAAAUGUCUUGAGCAAGGAUUUACGGAGCACGAUCUUUGCCCAUUCAAACUACAAUGGUCCUUUGGAUUAAAUCCGGAAGCACCGGUCAUAAACCUAACUACCGUAAAUCGUGCGUUAUUGGCGUACGCCUGUUCGCACGUAGUCAUGAUUUACGAUUAUAGUUCGAGAAAAAUGUUGCCGCUUCUGGGUCAUGUCAGUAUAAGUUUGUUUACCGCGAAACAAUGCUGAUUACUGGCAAAUAAUACUGAAGAAAGAUCUUGUCCUUUUCAGCGAAAUGCUGUUAGAAUGCUGUCGACCUCGCGUGAUGGUAAAUGGUUGUUAACAGCAGAUUCUGGGAAGGACAGCGUAGUAGUAGUUUGGGACACAGAAAAGGGGAUUCCCGUUUGCACGUUAUUUAAUUCGCAAGGUAAUGAAGAUAUCACAGCUGCUGGCAUCAGUCCUAAUGCUAAAGAAAUAGUCACCUGUCAUCACGUUGGCGAUAAACAGGAUGUACAUUUUUGGCUAUGGGCUUAUGGAAAAGAUAAAUCAGAUGCAUCGAUUUCGUUAGUCGGUAUUACGUCUGAACGGGUCAAGGAAAUAACUUUCAAUGAUGAAUGUCCGGAACAAUUUGCAUUGACGACCGAUUAUCAUGUUCUGUUUUUAACUUGGGUUGGUGAAAAAUGCGUUAUUUAUAUAAGUACAUUUAUCUUAGGUAGAAUUUUGUCUCAUAUUGUUAUUAUUUUAGGCUGUAUUUUGGUAUGGGAAAAUGUUUCCUGCGAUGAUGAGCAUGCUACAGAUGAUACUAAUUUCGAGAAAAAGAAACACCUAAAGACUGUUAAUUUACAGAAAAGCAGUAUUACCGUUAUCACUGAUAACGAAGGUAUGCUUGUUACGGGAAAUUCAAAUGGUCGUGUCACUUUCUAUGACUAUCAAUUAAGACUUUUAUAUUGGUGUCAGAGUUGUGAUCUCGACUCUAUUCGAUGGAUAAGCUUUGAUCUUCAAUCCACCAAUUUAUUAACUCCGGUAUUUGCCAUUGAUGUAUCUGAAAGUAAGUCUUUUUUUAUUGAAUCUCUUAAUAUUUUUUUCAAUUCCUGGCUGUUCAACUUUCAAAAUUGUUUUUAUCAUACGUUAUUCCUUUUUGUCAUUUAUAUUUUUCUGUUUAAUAUCAUGUAUAAAAGGGAAAACAAAAGCUUUGUUGUUAUCACAUCCCUCUUUUAUUGUCACACAUUUACUUCAGGUUCUUCUACGGGCAUAAUAGCACUAAUCGAAAUCCGGAAGCAGAAGUGUCACCUUGUGACUCGUCAUUCAAUUGCAAUCACGACUAGUAUGGACACUCAUCCAGAAAGCAAUUACGUGGUUGUGGGGGAUGCGCAGGGUACCGUGCGCUUAUACAAUCAUGAGCAGCGUACUCUGCUGAUAUCCAGGAACAUUCCACCUCUUCCGGAUUACCAGCCGAUUCUCGAAAGACAGAUAACUGAUAAAAACAUCGUUUAUGUUACCUGUCCGCAAAGCCAAGAGUCCUUGAAAGCCGUCACAGCCCUAAAGUUCUCACCAAGAUGCGAUAUGCUGGUGUGCGGUUUGGAGAACGGGGCGAUCUGGAUUCUACAUCACAUCACCUUAGAUCCUAUAGACGAAAUACCGUACAAGCAUUCCUCAAUGGCUGUCAAUAAAAUCGCUUUCACGCAGUGCGCAGAGUACAUGGCUUAUGCAGAUGCGUUGACCGUGAUAGUACUCAAAAGAAAUAAUACUAUUUCUUCGGAAGAGCGUAACAUUUGGAAUUUGAUCGGAAAAUAUCACUCGCACUAUUUACCUAUUAGAAACAUACUUUUCGGUUCGGCCGCCUCUGACUCCGAUGUACCACGGUUUUUCUCUUUGGGAGAGGAUCAAGAGCUCGUGGAAUACGAUCUUGCGCACAGGUUGUAUUGUGAAAAAUAUAUUUCAUUACGUUACUCGUGGAAAUUGCAGUAUUUGAUGCGUGUAGUUUACUCGAUUCAAAUGAAAUAUUUCCAUACUAAUAUUAUAGUAAAAAUCAUAAUAAAAAUUAUGAAUAAGAUUGAUAGAAUUAAAUAUAGCGGACCGUAUCCAGCACCAGGACUUCAAAUCUUGCAUAUCGAUCGAAUCGAACAGAGCGCUAUUCCUCUUUGUCUGGCGUGGUAUUCCAAAUUCGACAGUGAAAAAUUCCUCGUGGUCUCAAAUUCUGAAGUAAUGAUCCUACGAUUUUUCUGGAUCAUGAUCUUAAUGGACAACCUUGUUGAUCAUAAUGAUUAUAUGGUAUUUGCAACCGAUAGAGAAAUCGGUCUUCAGUUAAUGCCCCUCGACGGUAAUCCAUAUAAAGUCGUCGGAAUGACGGGCCAUCCGCAAAAAAUACUAGGUAUCUCUGUCAGCAACAAUAAAGAAAUGCUCUUCACCGCAGGUUACAACGAUCCAUGCGUGUUAAUGUGGACAAUCAAACGCAGAUCUGUUGACAUAAUGGCACAAUUAGGCGGAGAAGGUCUUUCGCCGUUUUAUUGCCACAUCGAGGGUGGAAAAAAGGGAUGGCUGGCAAAUGAGAUGAAGGAUUUCUUCCAUUAUGCGCAGAUAUUACAGCAGGGCGAGAAUGUGACCGCUGAUAAAACUGCCUCCGACAAUGUAGUUAUUGAGCAAAUUCCAGAUCUUAUGCGAGCUAUUGGAUAUUUUCCAACCAACAAAGAAAUCGAAAAUAUCAUGACAGAAGUACGCUACAAACAUUACGUUGAAACUGGUAAGCUUGUCGAGAAGAUUACUUUUGAAGAAUUCGUGCAACUCUAUGUGAAUCAUCGACCUACGUUCGGACUUUGCAUGCGCCACAUAAAGGAAGCUUUUCAUACAUUCAUCGAAGAGAAUUCAGUCAGUAUAGAAAACCCUACUUUAACACGAGAGCAGUUUAUGGAUAUUUUACUCGGUGGAACAAUAUCGAAAAAAUUAAUGGAAGACGAUAAGCUUAUUAGUGAAUCGUUGACUCUGCAAGAAGCAUAUAAGUAUCUCAAGACACUUGUGUCUCCCAAAGACGAGGUGGUCGAGAUUCAACUAAGUCCAUCGCAAAGAUCCAUGUCCUUCAAUUUCCGUUUUCUCCCGCCGGUAAUAACUGCAUAUGCAGUAUGUUUAAAAACACUAAAAAAUGGGUGAUAAAUAAGAUAAAACCAAUCGUUAGGCUUCCCGAGAGUAAUGUAUUAUUACGUUAUGAUACAGAAGAUAUCUUACAAAGAUUUCGCCAUGGACAUUAUGGGUGUUGAAUUGCUAGAGGAAAUUAUGGCUGACAAUUGAGGAAAUCAGCAUAACGGUUGCUUGCAGUACUCUAAGAGAUUUCUUGUUUAUAACUAUAAUGUGACGAGGUCCGUUAAAAGUAAGCGAUCGACACAAAUCGAAGACAAUAAUUGCGCACGCGACUGUUUUGUUCUUUUAUAAAAUUAAAGUAAGAUUGAUAGGCAUUAAAGAAGAACACUGACAGAACUAUCAGUGGCGUUUAAUCGCCGUCAUUCCUUCGAUUUGCAUAAAAAUUAUGUAAAUUAUACGGUAAUUAUACACGAAACUCGUGGAAAUAAUAUAAGAGUAUGAUGUAGAUUUGUUUUCUUGUACUUGUUGCUGUAAUACUGUCUGUUCAGCAAAUUUCUUAAUAAACAUUAUAUUAACCAUU